AUGGCUCAAUCGAAACCUGAAAGACCGGACCUGUUGAAUGCGGUGCUCGAUGCCGCCGGUGGCGUGGACCACUUCGAACAGGUCGAAUGGAUCGAAGUUGUCGCGAAUGUUUCGGGCGCGUUCUGGUCGAAGAAGGGCUACCCGAAACGUCGCCUGAUGACGGGCUACGUGGACACCAAAAGGCCCCGGGUUGUCUUCUACAACUUCGGUGCUCACCUGGACGAGCCACAUCUCCGAUGGAUCUGGACGCCGAAGCACCUGUCUGUUGAGCGAGCCAAUGGCACUGUCGUCCUCUCCCGCAGCGACCCGUCCAAGCACUUUGAAGGCCACGUCCUGAGUACCCCGUGGGACGACCUGGAUCUCCUGUACUUCUCGGGCUACGCGGUGUGGAACUACAUGGUGACACCCUUCUGCUUUGCUUGGCCGGGGAUGUCGACGCGGGAACUGGGCGAGCACACCGAAGGCGGCGGGGAGACGUGGCGCGUCCUGGAGGUGACAUACCCUGAGGACUUCGCCACGCACUGCCGAGUGCAGAAGUUCUACUACGACCAUCAGGACCGGAUGAGGCGGCUCGACUACACGGUCGACGUCAUCCAGGGAUCCGGCACCGUAGCACACUACGUCUACGACGAGAAGACGGUGGACGGCAUCGUCUUCCCCACGCUUCGCCGCGCGCUGAACGUCGUCGACGGCCGUCCCACCGGAUGGUCGAUGGUGCUGAUCAACUUCCACAAGAUCGCGGUCAAAGGGCCAGAAGUUCGGCCGAACCUUUAG